ACUCUUUCUUUUCUCUUCAUCUUGCAGCAAGGAUGGACUCAAGAUCCUCAUCAUUUGAACAAAUAUCCCAGAUACUUUGACAUCAGCCUAAACAAAAGUAUAUCGGAAGGAUCUUACGGCAAUGGCCACGGCGUCAACCGCACAUUUGGGAUUCUGUUUCCACAAAAUGGACACGUGAUCCGACCAACCUGUCAAGAUGAGGCGUACACAAAGAACGAGGCCAAGGAGGGGCUCGAGGAACGAAAACAAAUGGAACAAAAGUAUUUGGUCUUGGAGGAAGAUCGAAUUUUUCAAACUUGUCAUCUCCUUCCACAACCUCACUUCGUAUCCUCGGGCGAGGGCUCUAGGUGGAAUAAUGAUAUCAUUCUCAUCGGGGGUGGAACAGGAACAUUCUUCGAUCGAGCUCGAAUCCUGAAUGCCGACUACGACCACACACCAGUAUACAGAUCCAUAGCUAGAUACGAUCUAAGACCCAUGAAGCAUGAUUUGAAAGGUUGCCAAGAGCCCCAGCAGGAUGGUAAAGGUCGUUGGGUGCCUGAAGAUAAAACCUUCGGAUAUGGAUUGAACAUUCCUCGAACUCGACAUGCUUCAGAGAUCAUUAAAACAACAGAUGUGGAACAUGGAAACACGACUCAUUUUGUUUUCGUGUUCGGAGGAUACAACGACGAGAAAGGGGGUCAAAUAUUGGAUUCCGUGGAGAGCCUGGAGUUGGAGACACUCUCUAGCUUUCAACUUUAUGACUUUAAGAAAGAGGAAAAUGAAUGGCUCUUCCGUUUGCCUUGGCCUUUGAUGGAUAUUACCAGCGUGAAAAUUCCGGUCGAAUGGCUACCCAAAGCAUGCUACGUUCAAUACAUGCAAGGUCGAAGACGCGAGCGACUACAACGGGAGCAAGCCCGCCGUGACGCCCAAAAUGAAUUUAACCUGGGUUUCGACUUUUUGGGAUAAAAUCACGGAACUGAUCUAAUCUGACACGCAAUAACCGGCUUUAUGAACUGCGCAACCUCUCAAAAUAAACGGCCUCGUUCAGCUGUAAUAAUAAAGCCAGCGCGUGCGUUUUCGUCGCAUAUUCCAAUCAACCAUCCCGUUCAACUAUACUUUUUAAAAUGCGUAGCGGCAAACUUCGAAAAACCUCGCCCGUUAUCUCACCCGUAGAAGAGGCCGAUCCCGUGGUGGCCACAAGUGAUGACGAGGAUGACGCACCCGAAUCAGUGGGAUUUGCCGAAUCCAAGGCCACGGCCUUGGCCGAGCUCCAAUCCGCCCGAGAUCAAAUCCAAUCCGCGCAAGUAGCCAAAAAAGCAGCGCGAAAACGGAAACUAGAAAAAUUCAAGGCCCAAAAA